CGCGAUACAAAACUCGAUCCCUCGAUCAGUUUUUCCCCUGUUACGUGCCGCGUGUGUGGUGCUUGUCUUGUAAUCGAAAAUUACACGCAGAAACGUUGGUCGCGAGUGAAGAUAAUCGAUUCGGAAUCGCCAAGAAUUCGAGUUGCGCGAACUGCUGAAACGCGCAAUGUUCACGGAAAUUGGGUGUAUUCGAGAAAGACUGUAUGCGUAAUACCUCUUCGACCGUUAUUUGAAACGACCUUGCCGACUUUCAUCGUAAGAGCUUUUGCUUUUCGAGGAUAGCGUUUUUGUAUUCGAGGAACGGUGGUAAAUUCCUCGAAUCGCGUUACGGUCGGUAAGCUACGUCACGCGAAACGUCCUACCCAUAUUCGCGCAAUAUUUACACGCGUAUCGCGUAUCGAACCGAGAACUCGGCUGGUAUCUAUCUAUCAGCGUCUCGAGCCUUGUUGCGCGGCCGCGUCGAGAGCGGAGCUCUCGUUGACUUUUGUCAUUGGAUUUCUCUCGAGGACUCUCUGCGCUCCCCCCAUUGCUCGCAGUGCACUGCGUAAGUACGCUCGGCAAACAAUCGACACAUACGAAGCGGCGCAGGCCUCGCGCGUUUGCUUCGUCGCGGUCGCGGUCGCGGUCGCGAUCGUCAGUGUUCGCGCUCGCUGCGUUGAUUCCAUUUAGCAUCGAACGCGUUCGUCUCUUUUCGUUACCGACGCGGAUUAACUUACUUGGAACUUGGGACAAACGAGUGAAAAAUUCAUGAAAUUCGUCCGAGGAAUAGUUGAAUUACGCGAUUCGCGAGUGGUGUAACGUAUGCAACGCAAUUUACCGCGAGUGCUUCGCGAGUGAUGCGCUUCGUCUGGUUUUCCAAUUCUAACAUCCGACAGCGAUAAAUCAGUCAACUCGUCUCGUUACCUCUGCCAACGUUCGGAGCCAGUUCGUCGAGCGUGACUCAAUUUCUCGACAACCGGGCUACCAUGCUCGUCGAACGACACGUUUACCAGGGAAAUUUGAUUCGAAUCGUUGAUGGUAUGUUUAUUCGAACGAACCGUUGUUCGAAACGCUUUCGAUUCCAUCAACGCGAAACGUGAUUUCGUUCUUUAAUCGAAAUUGCAAUUUUUAUCUAAUCAAGAGCCGAUAAAACGUUGCCCAUCUUCCAUCGGCUAUCGUAAAUUUGUAUCCAGAUAAGAAGUUUGCCCAUUUCCGGAGUGAAACGAACGAGGUUCGUAGCGUCGUCGGCUUCGCGUUGGUUCAUUCAGAAACUGGAACGCGACUGGAGCAACUCGAGUGCGAUAAGCCGGCAAGAACGAAUGUGUCCCGUUCGCUGUCGUUACCCAUUCGAAACUAAGUGCAUCGUCGCGUCGUUUGUCGUGGAUCGUCCUUAAUCACGUACACGAGGACAGUUGAACGAUAAAACGCAUUUCGUUUUAUUUUUUACCGUGAAAAAGUUGCGUCGUCGCGCCUAAGAUUGCGUUCCCGUGCAUUCCUAGUAUCCUUUGCAGCGUUAUUUAUUUCGUUCGGAGAAACGUAUAGCCGUACAUACACACACAUACAUACAUAAUAUCACGCGUCGUUUUCGUUGAUAACGAAGGUUCCUCUAAAACACCUCGUUCGGUUCACGUUUGACUGUGUAAUAGAAGAAAUCGGAAGGAAGGAAGAAAGGAACAUCGAGCCGGAAGAAUAGAGAAGGUUCUCGAGGGUGCCGGUGAUCAAAGGAAGGAACGCGAUACAAUCAACGUUUUGUGUCCUAUUUAGAAUUGCACGGCCGGUGCAUAUUGGUUCAAAGUCAAAGCCACGGAAAGCAACGCAUCUUUUGGAGAGAGCUCGCACGUAAGAGAGCAGCCAGCACGUUGGCCGUCGAGGCCUCUCUUUGAUCUGGGAAAUCGAGGAACCGUGACUCGUUGCCUCUACACUUAGCGGCUUAUCUGUCGGUUCUGGCUCGAUGGUGAAGCAACAAGGCCGCUGGAAAGCCCUGGCGCCUUUUUCCACGUGGCCGUUGUAUCCCGCGCGGAUAAGUUCCCCAGCGGUGCGUUAGCAUCGAUCUAUCGUAGAAUCGACUCUCUCGGUGGAUCGUUGCGAGAACGCGGAAACGCGUCAACGCGUCGAGGAGAAUUCAUCGACGAGAGCCCGCCCGCUUUCGGCCGGAGGCCGUGGACGCUUAUCGGUGUAAUAGUCGCCGAGAGGAGACGGGAUAGAAGAAAGAUCGAGGAAGAGAAAAGUUUGUGCGCGGCGGAGAAUCGUGGGUGGAAGGCGAGCUCUCUUCCAGCAGAUAAGACACCCGCGACGAGCAACAAUUACCGGCAGUAAAUUAUAUUACGGCCGUCUAGGAAAAAUUACUGACAAAAUAAUUACCGUGCACACUGGCCGAAAGACGAUUAAUCGUUCGUUCGUAAAUUCACGAUCGAGGUCCGUGAAUCGUGAAUUUUCGAAAGGCGGCACGAGAGAUCACGAGGUGCGUGGAAGUGCACAGUGUUCUCGCGAUCGUGGGCGGUGUUCGAUGAUCGUAACGUUGUCGUCGGUUUUGUCGUCGAUCGUCGCUGCACGAUAUUUGUCUGGAUGCCAGUUCUAGAGGGCGGAGUAGCUAAGAAGCGAGGUGUCGAUAGGGCUGCUCGCAAGAUGCGGAUGAGACUUUGCACCGGCUCCAAGGAGUCCUACACGCUUCUUUCCAAGAAACGGAGGCAACAACUCGAACAGUCCGUGUACUGUGAGCCGGAAUCUCGGCGUAACGCUGUCGAAGAUGAAAGGCAAGAAGACGUUCAAGGUGCCAACUCGGAAAAAAUUAAAAGCACCACGCAAGAUUUAUUCGAAUUACUCGAGAGGGUGCAGAGUUCGCGCCUCGAUGAUCAACGAUGCGUCUUGCCGCCGUACUUCUCCCAGACCCCGAGGGAGGACAGGGCAGCCUCGAGUCCUGGUAAUCAGAAUAAUCACACACCCUCGCCUUCUCCGUCGCCGGUCGGAGAUGCACCGGUUGGCAGGGCUCUUAUGGAGGCUGCGCUUCAGCAAGCCACUUCCGGAUCUCAGCCACCUUUGGUGGUGAUACCACCUGGAUAUUGGAUCGAUGGUACCGAUCAUCGGCAUCCCCUGGACUCGACUGGUAGGGCGUUACUUCCGGCACAGCCUGCCUGGCAACCCAGAAUAGACCAAGACGACACCGCCAAAUGUUACAGGCGAUUCUUCGUUGGCAGGGAGCACGUGAACCUGGUGGGAAGGGACGGAGAGAACGGGCCGGUCCUCGUCUCUGUGAAGGCCGAGACAGUCGCUGGACAGGAGCACUGGAGAGUCUUGUUGCGAUUGCGAGCUGGCUCGACCCACGAAUUGGUACCAGCCACGAACCUCGGUCCGAAUCCGUCGCCGGCGAAAAUGGUCAAGGCAAUCAACGAGACGUUGAACGUAAGCACGCUGAUGCCCGUGGUCUGUUCUGGUGCUGGUACACUGAUAGCACGGUACGACGAACACGCGUUGGUGUCGAGGUUUAAAUUCGGCGUUCUUCAUCAACGUGCCGGGCAAAUCACCGAGGAGCAACUUUUUGGAAACAGGCAAAUUACGCCAGCUUUCCAAGAAUUUCUCGACUUGCUAGGCCAAAGGAUCGAUUUGAAGGAUCACAAAGGAUAUCGCGGAGGUUUGGAUACUCGACACGGCCAGACCGGAGAUUCUGCGGUAUACGAGGUAUUUCGAGGGCGAGAAGUGCUCUUCCAUGUCGCCUCCCUUCUUCCAUACAGUUCAGGGGACUCUCAGCAAUUGCAGCGUAAAAGACACAUCGGCAAUGACAUCGUCGCGAUAAUAUUCCAAGAGGAGCCAACUCCUUUCAGCCCAGAUAUGAUCGCCAGCCACUUCUUACAUGCAUUCAUCGUGGUGCAGGUCGUUGACCCCUGCACUUCUAAUACCAGGUACAAAGUAAGCAUCACGGCUCGAAACGAUGUUCCUUGGUUUGGUCCAGCAUUGCCAGCACCAGCUGUAUUUAUGCGAGGAGUCGAAUUCAAGGAAUUCCUUCUGACGAAAUUAGUGAAUGCUGAAAACGCAGCGUACAAAGCUGACAAGUUCUCGAAACUCGAGCUAAGAACGAGAUCGGCACUGUUGGAGUCGUUGACGGAAGACUUGCAAGGAAAAACCGCGGAAUUUCUUGGCGGAGCUAUCGGUUUGGGAGGUGCCGGUUUAGGAUUUGGUGGAAAUUGCCCGGUAAGUCCGACGACGAGCGACGCAUCGGGAUCUGGUAGCGGAGGAAGCGGGUCUAGAUUCAUCGAUACUGUUCGGAAGGCACUGAUUUCGCGGGUCAGAAACGCGUCUACAGAGAGCGUACCUCAGCAGUUAUCGAAAAAGGGUCAAUCGGAGCCUAGUCCACCGAGCAAUCGACAAUCGACUACUAAGAUUAGCGGGAAACGUUCGAUAGAACCGUCGAGUCCUUUAGGCUCCCCUGAUCUGACCCUUCGAAGAGAUUCGGAACACGGGAGCCCUAGUUUAGGGAGCCAGGACAGUAGUUUGUCCAACACGGACAAUCAGGAUAGCAGUUUAGCCACCCUACAGCAAGACGAGGUCGAUCGUAGAGAAUCCACCGCGUCGGUUUGUACCAGCAACGAUACAACCGUUAUGGACAAAACUUCCGCACCUUCCGUCCAAAGGCUGACUCACGAAAACUUGAGGAAACAAGAAAGAUCGGAGAAGACGGAGACUACGCAGCGUAUUAUUUCGGAAAGUGACGACAGUUCGUUGAAUAGCGAACUUGAGCUCGACCAGGCCGUCUAUCCUGACAGCGACACAGGCCUCGAAUCGAUGAGUUCUGCGGAAACUCACGACACGGCAAGGUGCGCCACCAAGGAUGGCGUUUUAGAAAACGAAAACCUCAAGAUGGAAGUUACAAGGCUUAAAUGCGACAAGUUAGAUCUACUGAGGCAGAAUGUGACUUGCCAACGUGAUAUAAAACGUCUACGAGAGAAGGAGCUACAAUUGCAAUCCGACCUUGCAGCCGCUUCAAAGGAAAUUCUUCGAUUGCGAGCAAUGUUGAAAGAAUGUUCAACGAGUAUUCCAUUGGAUAACAACAAUCAACAAACAUCUACCGUUUAAAACUCUCCUCGAGAUACGUUUAAUACACCUGCAUCGGUGAGCAACGUUUCCCAUUACGACAAUUAGACUUGAAUAAUUAGUUGGGCGUAAUAGUUGACAACUCUUUACGAGAAUACCGUUACUUUUUCGGAACCGUUUCUUUCGAGGGAAACCUUCCGAGAAUUCAUUGCAGAGAGUUUGAAACUUGCAAUCGAGAUGCUUUACGUUUUUACUUGGACUAUAUUAAACUUUCUUAGGUAGAAAUUGGUACAAACGCUGUAUAUUAAACGUGACGGGUUUAGAAAUGAAAACGAGAUUUAGAAAACAAAAUGAGUCUGCGAUAUACAUAUAAUUAUAGCGACGCGUCUUUUCAGAUAUUUGCAGCGUAGCUAAUUGUUACUUGUGGUAUAAUACUUGUUUGACUUUUAACCAUAUUAUUUAUCUAUUAAUUUAUUAAUAGGUAUAAGUCAACCUCUAAUAGUCAAUAUAAUUACAAAUAAAUGAUCACACAAACACACGCAAACUUGAAUAGAGAUGGAAACAUUAAAGACGUAGGCGCAUCUUGUCAUUAUAAUAUUAGAAAUUUUAGAAUAAAACGUAAAAUGGCCUUUAGACUAAGUGUUUCCGAAACUAAGUGUAAACACACAAAUUAAAUAAUAUAAUACAUUUUAUCUGUAAUAAUUAAAUGUUCAUAAAUUGAGGGCGUACAUAUACAGGUAUGUAUGUAUUACGCACAUACAUACAUGUACUAUGUAGUCCUCGUGUUGUUUCUAAACGGGGUAACUAGCGUGUUGUCCCAUAAAACAGUAUAAAGCGACUGAUUUAAGUAUCGAUGCGCUUAUGGACUAUAGAAAUAUGUAUUUUAUCGAUAUAUUUCUCACGUCUCAUGUUGAAACAAGAAUGUGUAUUGUUAGAAACAGUAUUUAUCACGGUAAAUUUACCGAAACCAUUACUAGUUUUUUUUUCUCUUGUAUUAGACCGAAACAAUUGUAGAAAGUACGAAUGCUUUCGUUGAUUAAUCUUCCGAUAUCGUUAGCCAAUUUAGCGUAAGAUUAGUUUUUCUAGCCAUUUUAACGAUUACGAUGAUUUAGCUGCACCAAAUUGUUUAAGACACACACACACUCACACACACACACACCGUACCGAUGUGUCGUUAGCGUACGAAUAGAACACGUAUUAUCGUUUAUUGUUCACUAAUACGCAACGUAAACUGAGCGUGCUUUGUUUGCUUAGUUACGCACUUUAUUUUCAUUAUUUUUCACUGACGGUAUUAGUAGACGAUUUAUUAUUAUCAUUAUCAUUAUUAUUAUUAUUAUUAUUAUUAUUAUUAUUAUUAUUAUUAGUAGUAGUAGUAGUAGUAGUAGUAGUAGUAAUCACGUUGUACUUUAUAUCAGUUUUUUUUUGUAAAUAAUCGGCUAUCUUCCUACACGGAAAGAUCGAAAGUGUUAAAGAAAAGAAAGAACAGAGGGACACGAAAGUUCACUCAUAUAUAAUACCAAAGUUUAUCUUAGUAAAAUCUACGUCUCUUAGUUUUUCUACAUUCCUUUUCAUACAAUAUUUGCCUCUGAAGCGCGUAUAAGAUAGUAUACAUACAUACAUAUACUUUUUCUCGAUUGACGAUUUUUUCUACAAGUACAAGUUUUCUUCUGUAUUUCAAUGAAACUUUGUAUAACUUUACAAAUACUUUGCAGAUAUAUCACAAUUAUCACUGCCUAUACGAUGUCGUUUUCGAGUGUAUCGCAUUUUUCCCAUUUUACACGAAACAUCAGGUUUCUCGAUAUGACAUAACCUUUUACAUUCUUUACAUUGCUUUGAUAUUGAAAAACUGUUAUUUCUGAAUGUUAACUGCGGGAGAGUUGUGUUUUAUCAAAUUUCACAUCAAAUUUUCGAAACUACGAGAAAAAAUGAUAUUUCGAAAUGAAUAUUUAGCAACGAUGUAUCUUUACAGUUACAUUAAAGUUAUUUCAAACAGUGAUGUUUGUAAUACCGGCAAACAUCUCUGGAUAAAUAAUGCUUCUGCAAAUAUACAAGAAAAAUGCAGAAAUCAGCAACUGUUGUAAACAUUUUCCAGCAAUGCUAUUUCUAACUGUUCUAAAGACAACAAGCACACAGUAUAUUUUAUACGGUUUACGAUCGAUGUAUUUUCACGACGUUCUUUUAGAUUGUAUAUUGACUGCUCGAUUUCAUGGAAUUUAUCGAUCAAAAUUACCAUCAAUGUCUUUUUUUACGUUACAAAAACCGAAGGUUACGGCACUGAUAGAGGUGCAAAAAUAGCUAAAAUUCGUCGAAAUGAAACCCUUUUAUGUAAAAACGACAUAAAUUUUGUGAAACGGUGAAUCUAAAAGAUAAAGGUGAAAGAAAUAUGUUAUAGGUAUCUAGAGAUAAAUAUGUAACAACUGGAAAUUGUUUUUAAAAAUAUUACACAGACAUUUACAAAUUUAUCAGCCGUAAUCAAAGAUCAGAAUCGGAAAAUCGAAUCACUGUAGACUCUAAUGCGUAGUGUUUAUAAAUUGAUAAACUGGAACAUCACAGAUGCUGAAAAAUGUAUAUCAUAAUUAUUUUAAACUGUACCAUUUUAGUAUAUUUAGUAUAAAAUGCGAAAACAAUAAUUUGACAAAAAACACGCACACGCGUAUUAUAUAAAAAAAAUCGAUACCGCAGAACAUUUGAUAACAUUUAGAUACAGGCAUUUAAAAGCAACUUCCAUUAUUUAGAAUUAAAUUUAAUAUUUAUGAGAAAUUCGUAAUUAACCGAGGUUAAUUUUAUAAAUGUAUAUAUCACGAAUUGUGUUUAAAUUAAUGGCUCAUUUGAUAAGAGCAUCUCUUUGUCUAAAUUUUAGGAGACAAAAACUAAGUUUACCAUUCUCUAGUGUGAUUUCUAUGCUGGCCUUGCAAAAUCAAAGAAAGAUUAUCUAUAUUACAAAGAGAUAUGUGUUAUUAUAUUAUGAGAGAGAGAGAGAGAGAGAGAGAGAGAGAGAGAGAAAAUAUUACUGCUAUAAAUAUAUAUAUCUAUAUAUAUAUAUAUACAUAUAUAUAUUUUGUAUUUAAUAUUAAUCGCCCAAAUCUAUCUAACAGAACUGCGAAUACAAUUACUCUCUGACACUAUGACACGAAAGUAUAUAUUUCUUAUGACUGGUGUAAGUAUUCGCAUUCUAUUUUUUUCUUUUCUAUGCACGACUGUCAACAUGAAAAUCAGUGGUAACGAUGUUCGUCAAUAAAUAAAAUGAUUUAAAUCAA